AUGCCCGCUGCAAACGGAGAUCAAUCGUCCGCUGGGGCCUUUGACCCCUUCAAGUUCCGCGUGGCGAUCGUUGGGGGCGGAAUUGGUGGGCUCACAACAGCGCUCAGCCUUGCGACAUACAAUCCUGACUUGCCAGCAAGCAACAUCACCGUCUAUGAGCAAGCCCCAGAAUACGGCGAGAUUGGCGCCGGAGUCGGUAUAGGGGUCUCUGCAGGCCGAGUGCUUCAGAAGCUUGGGGUGUGGCCGGCUGCUAAUGCUAUCUCCGGCUAUCGAAACGGCGUGCAUCGGAGCAAUCGCCGUUGGGACACAGAUGAGCUGAUUGUGGACGCCUUGGCCUUCGACAACGGUGGUGCCGAGGAGGUAAGACAGUUGUGGGUUCAUCGAGCUGAGUUUUUGGAGGUCUUGUACAGCGAGAUUCAGAGAAGGAACUGUGCAACGCUAAAGACGAACAAGAGAGUUAUUGGACUUGAGGAUAGCGGGUCUACGGUGAUCAUUCGCUUCGCUGAUGGUACAGAAGAGUCGGCCAAUCUGGUAAUUGGCUGUGAUGGCAUUCAUAGCACGGUCCGAUCGCAAUUUGCUGUGGACAAGCCCGUGUACUCAGGCCGAAUAGCCUUUCGCGGUACAAUUCCCCUGUCUGCUGUCUCUGAUGACUGGCCCUACUCGUCUUGGACGCUGUCAUGGCUCGCACCCAACAAACAUUUUCUAGCAUUUCCAAUGUCGCAAAACCGACUGAUGAACGUCGUCGCGUUCGUCACAAAGCCGGAGAGCGAACUUGGCGGGCUCAAGGAGAGCUGGAGAAGCGAAGCACCGAGAGAAGCGAUUGAGAAAGAAUAUGCUGGAUGGAAUCCGACAGUGCAGAGAAUUAUUCGAGCUAUGCCGCCUGUUAUCAGCGAGUGGAAGAUCAACGACCGAGAGGUGUUGUCUCAAUGGUGUUACAUGGGCGGCAAAGUCGUUCUGAGCGGCGAUGCAGCGCACGCAAUGUUACCCAUGCAAGGCUCCGGUGCAGGACUCUCAAUCGAAGAUGCUAACGUGCUCGGCAUUGCUGUGCGGGAUUAUCUGAACAAUCCAGGCGCUGGGCUUGCCACGUACAUGAACCUGUACCAAGCGGCACGCGUGCCACGGGCGCAGAAAGCCCAGAUCACAUCACGGCAGGCAGCAGAGGUCUACGACAUGCACGGCCCAGAUUUCGAGGGGAAGACGUUCGAGGAAUGUCUACCGGUCGUCCAGGACAAGGUCAAGGAUCGCAUGGCAUGGGUGUGGAAGGGGAACUUGGAAGCAGACUGGGCGGCUGCAAAGCAGAGCAUAGCAGUUGCAUAG